UGGUGCGCUGUGUCCCUCGGACACAGCGGAUCACCGAUCAACGGAAAGAGCCGAAGAUGUUGGCUCGGUCAUGUGAUCAGCUGUGUCCAAUCACGGCUGAUCACAUAGGGGACAUGUGCACUGAUCAUCAGGGCACUGAUGAUCAGUGUGCCCUGAUGAUUUUUGUAGCCCCAGCAGUGCCAGCUGUCAGUGCUCAUCCAUGCCACCUGCCAGUGCCCAUCAGUGCCACAUCAAUGCCACAUAUCAGUGCCUACCAGUGCACAUCAAUGCCACAUAUCAGUGCCCAUCUGAGCUGCCUUUCAGUGUCACCCAUCAGUGCCAGCCAGUGCCACCUAUCAAUGCCAGUCAGUGCCACCUAUCAGUGCUGCCAGUCAGUGCCGCCUAUCAGUGCCCGUCAGUGUCGCCUAUAAGUGCCACCUACAGUAAUAGUCCCAGUCAGUGCCACCUAUCAGUGCCGCCUAUCAGUGCCAGCUAUCAGUG